ACUGCGGGACGGAGUGUUCAAAGUAUAUGAUUAUCGAGUUUUGAAUUUCCCUUGUUUUGGGGCUAUGCUGCCAUUAAUUAAGUUGAACUCGAUUCUUUCUCUAGAACAGCAUUUACACAAAACAGGUUUCGAAUUUGACCACACAGUUCGCUUUACUUGUAUUGUUGUCCCUAUUCGAGAUUCGUGUUCCCCCCAGUUCGGUUAUUUGAGACUAGGAUAUUGGUACAGCCACGUGCAGUCAUCUGUCAAAUAUAGGUUAGCAACCAAACGAAAGACCAUCUCAGAUCUUAGAAUUUUGAUUCUUAUAAUUAAGCAACAUUCUAUUUAAGGAUGCGUAUGUAAAAAACGUGUUUCGCUAUUUUUACUGUUAGUCCACCAACAAAUCCCUAAAACGUAGAAGAUAUUCAUUGCUACCCCGUGCUAAAUCAGGGUGUUGCCCUGCGUCGGCAACAGGUUACUGUCAGAAAGUUUAUUUAUAGAAGAUUAAUCUCGGAUCAGGUUUUUCAAAGCUGUUGUAUUGCAUUUGAGGAUGUCGAAAGAAUCCGUGUCAGCUGAUACCGUUACUUUCUUAACCACGCCAAAUCUGAAUCUUCUUCCAUUUGGUAUGCUGCUAGUUUUUUUGGGGAAUUUAUAGACUAUAGAUGGCGAAGGGUGCGAACUAGGAUUGGUAUAAAACCCGUUCGCGAUGGCUCCUAUAGUCAUUGUUAUUUAGAUAUAUGAGGAACGAAACCUUGAAGCGAACGCUAGUUUAAAGCUGGAUCUGUGCGCAAGGUAAAAUUAUUCUAUUUCUGACCAACCGAAAAAGUGCGAUGUUUUCCGCGUCCCAUUUCUUAUUUCGUAAGGGAUUUUACACUGUCAGAUAUGCAUCUCUGUUAUCUGGACACACCAUUUAUUCGAUGCAACAAAGCCAUCAGAUACAAACCCGAGUCCCACAUAUGACUACUCCAACUAAUGACAGGCUUAACUACGAGCUUCUGGUGAGAAAGGACGUGGCGGAUGUUUACGAAAACAUAAGAAAGAAUUUAAAACGAGUGCAGGUUGAAUCAGUUUUACCAUUAGCUUAUUAUCAUUUUGACGGAGACGGAAAAUGUUUAAGACCAUUGGUCAUUUUGUGUUGGGCUAAAGCAAUCAACUUUAUUCUAAAGGAGACAUCACCAAAAGUGAUUGAAAAUCAAAAGAAAGUUGCACAAGUUGCCGAAAUGGUUCACGGAACCUGUUUGUAUCAUCAUGACGACGUGAUUGACGAUGCCAUCAAGCGAAGAGCAAAACCAACCAUCAAUUUUCAUUGUGGACAAAAAAAGUCAAUAUGGGCUGGUGAUUUUGUACUGGGUCGUGCUUUGGAAACUAUUUCGCAAAUUCCGAACAACGAAGUUUGUAUCUUAUUAACCAGAAUGAUACUCAAUUUUGUUACCGGAGAAUUAAUGCAACUUGAUACUGGCGCAACUGAAGAAGAGAGAUUCUCCCAAUACAUUGACAAAACAUUUAAUAAAACUGCAAGUGUAUUUGCUUAUUCUUGUAAGGCGGUGUUAGUGCUUGCCGGAGCUGAUGCUACCUUACAAACAACCGCCUUUGAGUUUGGCCGACAGCUGGGAAUAGCUUAUCAAUUGGUAGAUGACAUAAUAGAUUUCUCCGCCAUAGCAUCCACUGAAUACGGCAAGGCGCGAGCAGUUUAUUUGAACCAAGGACUAGCGAAUAUGCCUGUUUUAUUUGCUGCGCAACAGUUUCCUGAAUUGAAUCCAAUGAUUUUGCGCCGCUUCAAAGAACCAGGGGACGUUGCAGCUGCGUAUAGUUUAAUUUUGAAAUCGGACGGCUUGCAGCGGACUAAAGAAUUGGCGAUCCAGUACUACGGCGACGCUAUGGAUAAAAUAGCUCAACUGUCACAGUCGCCCUACCAGGAAAUGUUAUUCACGUUAUGCGCAAAGCGCACAUUUUGCCAUCGUUAUUUAAGCUGUAAAGUUGCCAAAACUACAAUUCAGUCAAUACAGUCUCACCGGACACUUUGCAUUACAUGGGCCGUAAUUCGUCGUACAUAAUUGUUGUCAUAGUAGACUUAUUUUCUAAAAACAAAUGCGCUUCACCUGGGGAAUAAUGAUCUAAUUCUUCUUUUAUUAUUUAACCAAUUUAGAAUGUUAUUGUACUAUGGAUUCAACACAUUACUGCUUGUUGUUGUCUGCUUUCUGAAAGAUAAAAAGGAAAAGUUUUUCUA